AUCGAGUCCUGAAUCGCAAGGGAGAUCAAAGCAGAACAAUGGUCUUCUUGGGCCCAAAAAUUCGGCAGUGUGGUUGACGAAGACCGAGGAGCACAAUUGUGAGAGAAACAAAAGAUUAUUCCACGAAUCAGAUCAGCAUUUUAAGCUCCCUUUAAAGAGAAAAAGAUCGGUAACGUCUUUGACGAUUGAUUCACGCACGCAGCGUGCGGUCAAAUCCAUGCUAAUAUUAAGGACCAUUUUUUCCACUCCUCCUCUUUUUUCUUGAACGGUAGUCUAGAAGUGGUAAAAGGAAAAGUUUUCCCGUAGUUACAUUGACAGAAACCUUUUUCGAAUUUCUUUCGUUGCAUUGGAAAUAUCCCGACACGAGCUUGGCAACGAGUUUGAGAUGGGCACGUAUACUAAUCCUAUCAUUCCCGGCUUCAAUCCAGACCCGAGCAUCACCCGCGUCGGAAAGGACUUCUUUCUCGUCACCUCCACCUUUGACUUCUUCCCGGGCAUUCCCAUCUACCAUUCCACUGACCUCAUCAAGUGGCGGCUGAUCUCCCACGUGCUGACGAGAAAGUCACAGCUCGACAUCCGCGCCGUAGAGAUCGGAGGUGGUGUUUGGGCACCGACCAUCCGCUACCGCACUGCGCAGCAAGAAGGGAAGGCCGCAGACGAGGGCGGCGCGUUCUACGUCUGCGGAAGUUGCUUCGACAGAUACAGGCCGCAGGCGGACGAGCGCAUCUGGCCCCGUGGCUGGUACGCGAAAUGCAAGGAAAGGGAUAUAUGGGAUGGGAUGGGGAGCGGAUGGAGCGAGCUAGUUUAUUUCGACAUGGUCGGCUUCGACCAAGACCUCUUUUGGGACGAUGACAGUGGCGACGUGUAUCUGUCAAGUACGUAUCGCAUGCACGACCGCACUCCAGUGCCCACGGGCGCGAAGCCGCUGAAGGAUUUCGCCGUCCACAUAUGCAAGGUCGAUUUGUCGACAGGCCGUUGCUUGACCCGACCUCGACUGCUCCGGUCGUCUCCGUCCGGAAUAGCUGAAGGCUCGCACAUCAUAAAGCGUGGCUCCUAUUACUAUCUGUUCACGGCUGAAGGAGGCACCGAGGAUGGCCACAGCGAGUACGUGUCGCGCAGCAAAUCCGGUCCGCUUGGUCCAUGGGAGUCGGGAGGAAAGAUCGUUGGCAGCGGUACCGGUCCAGAAGACGAAGUCCAGAACACCGGACAUUGCGAUCUUGUGGAAGACGCCGAUGGAAACUGGUGGGCCGUUCUGUUAGCAGUCCGUCCGAGGAAGAGGCCCGACGGCACGUGGGAGCCGUCCGUGUUUGGCCGCGAGACCUUUCUCAUACCGGUGACGUGGAGGGACGACUGGCCGAUCCUCAACAACAACGAGCGCAUCUCCUUAGUAGGGAACGCACCUGGCCUCUACCAGCAUGCAGAGGCCACGACGUGGCGAGACGACUUUGCCGACGGAAACGGCAUGCAACUUGGGUGGUAUCGAAAGUCCACUCCGCAGAAAGUCGACUGGUCUUUGACGGAGCGUCCCGGCUGGCUCAGACUUUGGGGCGCGCCGUACAGCUUGAACACGGCGGUGUGCUCCACGACGUGGCUUCGGAAGCAGACGCAAGCAGAGACCACCUUCGAAACAAGGAUCGACUUUCGUCCCGACUCGAAUCGAGUCGAAGCAGGUCUUGUCGUGUGGUUGAAUCAUACAUGUUUCAGCAGCGUUGGCAUACGGCUGGCCGACGGAAAGGGAUGUCGACGGGUGGUCAGUCUGAGCCUCGCUGAUGGCCGAAAGAUCACACAACCGCUAGCAACUGCGGACAGCGAGGUUCUGCUCGUCGUGCAAUGUGGAUCCGAGUAUAGAUUCGGCUACCGGGAGAUCGGCUCGGAUUCUCGAAUCCGGUACGUUGGCUCAAUCUGCAAUUCGAGCAUGUUGAAAGAGCCCGAUGUAGGCGUGAUUUUUACAGGCAUGAUGGUCGGCCUGUACGCCUUUGGAGAAUGGGAAGCGGCGCUGGUACCUGCUGACUUUGCAUAUGCCAAAUUUCGACCGAAUUCAGUCGACAACGAACCAAACAAGGCAGUCUAG